AUGUUAACUAGAUCAUUGUCAGUCUCACGUGCCAGAGUGGUGAAUUCAGUGUUGAGAAGCUCGAGGACACAACUGUCCUUACCAGUGCUACAGGUAAUCUCAUCACCGAGCCGUCCGUUAUUAAGAUUCCAAAGCUCUAUGCCAGAUAGGAGGUCAAAUUCAAGGACACAGUAUAAUGGUAAUAGAAAUGCUAUGCAAAAAACGGAAGUAUCUCCGGAUUCUCCAUGGUAUAAUCUAGUAUCUGCCUUUGAAGAUUGUGUAUUUCAAACGUUGGAAUCUUCAAGGACACCAAUUUUUCGAGUUGUUACUAGAUCAGGUUCAAGAGCACCCAUGGACCAUUCCAAUCCCUUGUUUUGGGAUGCCUUGAAUAGAGCUAUGAAAUUGUACGAGGAAUUAUUGGAAUCUCCAGAGUUAAAUGCUAAUAUGGUUUCUCGAUUGAUCCAUUUGUUACAUAAUGGGCUAAGAAUUAACAGAAAAGAUAGAGUCUUAUUAUCUAGGAAACCAGAUUAUGAUUCUUCUGCCUUUAGUAAAGAGGUGGAGAUUUUUCUAUGUGAUUCUCUAAGGAAGAUCUCCGAUGAUUUAUUAGCGGGGAAAAUCCAAAUCCACUCUUAUGGGUUGAUGCAUUUGUUGACCUCAUUCAAAGAGUUGAUGUUGAAUGAAGAAGCUGUUCGCUUAUGGAAGGCAGGAUCACAAAAACCUGAGCUGGAAACUUUAUUUAUGCAUUCGAGAGUGGUAGGUGUGAUGUUGCCUCUUCUUUAUGAAGAAGGUGCUACAUUUGAUGAAAUUAAAAAACUUGUAGAUAUUAGCUCGGAAGUUUCCGAAAGUAUUCAUCCAAAUUUAUCCAUUGGGAUGAUUAAAGUGUCCCUACUAGCUGGGGAAGGCGAAACCGCAUUGGAAACAUUUAGAAAAUUAUGUGAAGAUUGUAAGAGACAAGUAAACUUUGGUUAUUUAGUAGAUGCCCAUCUUUUAUUCAUUUCCACAUCUAAAGAUUUAGCCAUUGCUAAUAGUUUCUUUAACAAAGCAAUCAACCAUGAAAUGCCAUAUAGAGUGAAGUUGCAAGUUUCUGCAGUUACUUCAUUUAUGGAAAAUAUUUGGAACGAAACUAAGAAUUUCGGUAGUGUUCAAGAUGUAUGGGUAAAGGCACUUGCUUUUUAUAAGGAGGAAUCUCUUGGAAUUGGUAUUUUUUCCUCAUUAAAUAAAACUUUCCUCCACAUUUUCUUUAAAAAUUUUGCAAACGACAAAGUGGAAGGAUUUAAACAUUUAAGUUCAGUCAUUAAAAUUUACGAAGAUAUCAAGGGUAUCGAUGAACCAUUUUUGAAUAUCAUGUUGACCAAAUGUGUUAUCUGGAAUGAUAGUGAUGUCAUUGCCUAUAUGAGCAAGAACUUCGAUUUAUUUUCCAUUCCAAAGACAGUUAUAACGUAUAGAAUUUUUUUGAAGGUACUGGGUUCUGUGGAUAAUGCUACGAAUGAAGAUAUUCUACAAAAAUGGUAUGAUCUUAUGAAUAAGGAAGACCAAUCUGGUCAAAGAUAUAUUGCUAAUGCUGACUGGGCUGCCAUAAGAGACGCAACGUUGUCGUGGACAUCUGGAAAAUAUUCCAAAUUAAAUACCGUGGAUCCGGAAAUUAAAAAGGUUGAACAAGAAAAGAUAACUGACGGAAGAGAUAUUUUAUAUGCAAAAAUUCUGAAGACAUACGCACCAUAUCGUAGAGAUAACAAACAGAUAGCCCAAUAUACAAAAGGAAUGAGCUAUUUCUAUCCAAAUCUUCCAAAAUUAAUGGAGGGAAUUAGGGACCUUGAUACCUCGGAUAUUGAUAUCCCUGAAUAUCAAAGCUUGGAAUAUAACCCUAUUGAUUCAGAUACUCUAGCCAGCUUGGUGAAUAAUGGUUAA